CAAACUUGACAAACCAAAUAACUUAGAUAAGCCACAAAAAUCAGCUUCAUAGUGUUUCCUAUAAGUAACAAUGGCAAAUUCUAGAUCUCUUAUGCAGUUGCUUCGUCUUUUAGAUGACGGUGGCGAUGACACCGACACGUACACUGACACGGACGAUGAGCCGGCGGAGACACAACCCCAACACUCACCCAACUCCGAUGUCGCUACUACUACUCAGCGACAAGCCAAGCCACAGAACAAGUCUCCGGCCUCGUUUAACAACAAAGGCACACAGAACAUGACAGGUCUGAUAAACAACACUGGUUACACCAAAGGCAAUGGUAAUGGAGCCAUCAUCUUUGGAGGCUUUGAUUCUUCCAAUAAGCGAUAUAAUCGCUAAUGUUGUACCCAUCAAAAUGAUGUAAUGUUCUGUAAUAUAAAUUGGGGCAUGUAAGAUCUCAAUAGUUAAAUAAAAUGGUGAGAUUUUAAUAA